CCGUUUGAAAACUACACAGACGCUGAAUGGCAUGAAAUAAUAGGGCUUACAGAUGAAUUUGAAUUUUGGACACCGAGUCAAGUCCUGGCAAUUAGCGAAACUUUAGACAGGGCCGAGAUUGAAAAUCAAACAAGUAAUCAUAAUGAAAGAGCGGGGACUAAACACCAGCGGUCUGACGCCGACACAGAUGACGACACGGAGGACGAAAGGUGCGAAAGGGGUCAUCGCCAACUGGAUAGUCCUGUAUUAUUUUCGGAUGACGAUAGUGACAUUGACAUGGCACAGAUUUGUCAAGAGGGCCGUGGCGGCGAAGAUUUAGUAAGGCUGAUUUCGGUGGAACAACGGUUUUCAAGGAAAUUUAACAUACAUUCCGAAUUGCUACGUCUGGAAAUUAUAAACACGGAUGACCCUACUACUCCCGAUUGGCUAGAGAGACUAUUCACUCAGAUAUUAGCGACCGUUAGAGAAAAUUUCAAUGUACAACCAAACGAGAGGGUAAGAAUACAAUUAAAUCACCCUGAUUUGGACAAUCCAAUAUAUAUUGCGUUUAGGCCUUACAGUGAACUAACUUUGGAAUUAAUUUUGGAUGAAAUUGCGAAAGUUAUGCAGUCAAAAAAAACCCUCGUUAUAGACGAUCAAACCUCUAUAACCGUUACCUACGUUGCAUCUAAAGAAGGGGGUUUUUCAGCAAAUAAGGCGAUUUUGAACGAGGCCUUUAUGAGUGGAAAAAAACGGACAUUUAUAUCCCCCGUAGCCAACGCUGGUUAUCAAACUUGUUUUGGGCAAUCUAUAGUCCUGGGUAUGAACGAAAUUUCUUAUCAUAAGAAAAUUUCCCCAACAGCCGAAGAAACUAAACAUUACAAACGUGUAGCUGCCACCUAUGCGAAAAGGCCACUGCAGAUUGCCAUGGCUAUGGAAAUGUAUCAAGAAUUCAAUGUUAACCCGCUAGUAGCCGCAGGUCGACCUGAAUGGUGUAUAUUUCAAGAACACUUAAAAGCUGAAUAUCAAAUUCUCAUCUAUGAUGGACAGGCGGCCAACUGUAUCAUAUUCAGGGGUGACGCGGACCCCAAUGUCCCCGUUUUAAGGCUGUAUUUAAUGGAAAAACAUUUCUACUAUAUAAAGAAAAUCAACAGCUUAUUUAAUCGUUCAUACUAUUGUUCAGGGUGUGAAAAACCAUAUUCUAAUAAGAAUAACCAUGUGUGUAAAGCGCUAUGUCGAAGCUGCAGGCAAUUAGUGGCCUGCCCUCUGGAUAGGCCGCGAAUACAGUGUGAACUUUGUCACCGUUAUUUUAGAGGCAAAAAGUGUUUGGAGAGACAUAACCAAAAUGUUCCGUUAUACACAGUGUCGACGUGUAUGAAAUAUAGGGCGUGCUUAAAGUGUUAUACAACAAUAGACACCCACGAAGAGGAUGCGAUUAAUAAGCACACCUGUGACGUGCACAAAUGUCGUAAUUGUAUGCAACUGUGCAAGCCUAAUCAUAGAUGCUAUAUGAAACGGUUAUCAGAGGAGGUUGAAGGUGAGACUAUCAAAUAUUUUGUUUUUUAUGACUUUGAGACUAUUUUGGAUGAAGAUAAUAUACACUGCCUUGAAACAUUUACUUAA